UAGCAUUAAUGUAAACGCCAUGUCGUUUCCUAAGCUCUUUUCAUACAGUGUGCAACAUUCCUUCCAAAGGCGAAGAGCUGGCCUGCGUUUGGUCACUGGUUAAUUGCAGAGGGGACAUGAGAAGGCUUUCCUCUUUGGCUUCUAGGUCAACAACUUCCCUCAGAAACCUCACAAAAGAUCCCAAAAAUACAACAAUUUCUUGUCAGAGCCAAUUCAAAAGCAACACUCCAGUUCCUCCUCCUCCUUCAAGAGGUAACUCUGCGAUCAAUCAUCAUUACAUUUCUCAAAUUCUUUCGAGAAACGAUUGGUUUUUACUGCUAAACCACGAGUUAAAAGCCAAGAGGAUAGUUUUAAAUCCUCAGUUUGUAGUGAGUCUCUUGCAAAAUCAGGAAAACCCAUUAUACCCUUUGAGAUUUUAUAUAUGGGUUUCGAAUAUUGACCCCUUAUUCGCUAAGAAUCAAUCGGUUAAGGGUGUUUUAGCUACUGCCCUUUAUCGAAAAGGGCCGGUUUUGUUAUCUGUUGAAUUGGUUAAAGAUAUUAGGAAUUCGGGUCUUGUUGUAACCGAAGAUUUGCUUUGCAUUUUGAUCGGUAGUUGGGGAAGAUUAGGAUUAGCUAAGUAUUGUGCUGAGAUAUUUGGACAGAUUUCAUUUUUGGGUAUUAGUCCUAGCACAAGAUUGUAUAAUGCCGUGAUUGAUGCAUUAAUAAAAUCCAAUUCACUUGAUUUAGCUUAUUUGAAAUUCCAACAAAUGUCAGCUGAUAACUGUAAACCAGAUAGGUUCACAUACAAUAUUCUCAUUCAUGGCGUUUGUAGAACUGGUGUCGUCGAUGAGGCACUUCGUCUAGUCAAGCAGAUGGAAGGGUUAGGAUAUUCGCCAAAUGUGUAUACCUAUACGAUCUUAAUUGAUGGGUUUUGUAAUGCUAGGAGGGUGGAUGAAGCAUUUAGACUUGUGGAGAUGAUGAAAAAGAGGAAUGUGAUUCCUAAUGAAGCCACUGUGAGAUCAUUAAUUCAUGGGGUGUUUCGUUGCGUAGCUCCCCACGAGGCGUUUGAGUUGUUGAUAAUGUUUUUGGAGAAGGAGCCUAUGAUGCAGAAAUUAGCUUGCGAUACUCUACUGUAUUGUCUGUCGAAUAACUCUAUGGCAAGAGAAGCGGCAUUGUUUAUGAAGAAACUUGCAGGGAGAGGGUAUUUGCCUGAUAAUUCAACAUUUAAUCUUACAAUGGCAUGUUUGAUAAAGGGAUUGGAUCUUGAUGAAACAUGUCUGAUUUUAGAUAGUUUUGGUGAGCUAGGUGUGAAACUAGGGUUUAAUACUUAUCUUGCACUCAUACAAGCCUUGUAUAAUAUAGGAAAAUUUGUUGAGGGUGAUCAGUAUUUGGAUCAGAUGGCAAAGGAUGGGUUGUUAGCAAAUGUUUUCUCAUAUAACAUGGUGAUUGAUAGCUUCUGCAAAGCCAGUAUGAUGGACAGGGCAAGAAAGACUUUCAGAGAGAUGUACCUUAGAGGUAUAGCUCCUACUCUUGUUACUUUCAAUACCAUUAUUUCUGGGCAUUGCAAGAUUGGGGAGGUACACAAGGCUAAGGAAUUUCUGGUAAUGCUUUUGGAAUCUGGUUUUGAUCCAGAUAUCUUCACAUUUAGUUCACUAAUUGAUGGGCUUUGUCGAGCACACAUGAUUGACGAUGCUUUUGAUUGUUUUUCUGAAAUGUUUCAGUGGGAUGUCACUCCAAAUGAUGUUACAUAUAAUAUAUUGAUUCGAUCCUUGUGUGCAAUCGGUGAUGUUGCUAGAACAAUGAAACUUUUAAGAAAAAUGCAAGCCACUGGAAUAAAUGCUGAUAUUUUCUCUUUCAAUGCUCUCAUUCAAAGUUUUUGUAGAAUGAAGAAGAUUGAGAAGGCAGAAAAGCUUUUUAACUCCAUGUUGAGGUUGGGCUUGGAUCCUGACAAUUAUACCUAUGGUGCUUUUAUUAAGGCAUUGUGUGAGUCAGAAAGAUUUGAUGAAGUGAUACGAAUGUUAAAGUCCAUGGAAGCCAAAGGUUGUAUUCCUGAUUCUUAUACAUGCAAUUUAGUUUUGGAGUCUCUUGUUCAGAAGGGUUGCUUGGAAGAGGCUCGGGAUAUUGCAAAAAGAUGCAAUCGGAGGGGUACUAAAUUAAAAGUGAUUCCUGGACUGUAGGAUGUUAUUUUUACUGGUUCAUGUAUUUAGAUGGCUUUUUUGAGAUCUAAGCUGUGGACCAUUGCAGUCAUAAAGCAUUUAACCUUGCUUUUCCAUACUACCUUUACAGAAUUGUUAUCGGCAGAAUGUAGCAGAACAUCAGGUGGUCUGUCCAUUCGUUUAUGUCAUAAUCUCUGUUGGAAAGGUUGCACUUAUUACCUGCUGGGAUAUGCAGGUUCAAUUGUGGGCUUGGAUCACCAAAUACAAGUUGUUAAGCAAUUAACUUUGGACAAGGCACUCUAUUCCCUCAAUUUAUCUUCUCAGAUUCGUAAAGGCUAUACUGCUAUAGGAGAAAAUGACAAUUUGCCACAUAUUAACCGAUACUCUGGCCCUAUGUGAAGAAGAAUGGCAUAAAAUGACUUGAGGUCUGGUAGCAUC